AUGAGCCAGCAAGCAUCUGAUGGAACACAUAUUCUCAAUGCGACAGAUCUGUCGGAGCCGAUCAAGAGCUUUGGAUUUUCCCUUUCAUCUGGAGGUCUAGACUUAGAUUUGAACGGCUACCCCGACCUGGCCGUUGGAGCCCCCGAGUCAGACAAAAUGGUGGUAUUUCGAACUCGUCCUGUCAUCAGGGUGGAGGUUUUCGUCGUGCGAGAGGACGGUUCGAGUCACGUUGAAGAGAAGUUGGAUACUCUGGAGGACUGUACACGCGAUACUCAAAUUCUACCCGGCUAUUGGGCUCCCCGAGUCCACUGCAUGAAUCUCAAGGUCCUCGCUACGUUUACUCCGGUUGAUCCCAUAGAUCUAGUGACCUUUGACUUGUUGCAUAUGUGCGUUCAUAUUGCUCGUGGAUAUCUACCUAAGACGCUUAUCGCUUUAACUGGAAAGAACGUUGCCAUUUCAGUUAGAAAUCGAAGUGUUCGGUGCUCACAACAAACACUCCCAAUUCGUCUUCUCUUGGUGGUCAAUCCACCAGACCACUGGUUGAAGGAAGAUUUCUCAAAUGUCACUGCAGCUGCGAGCGGAGAUGAGAAAACACCAACAGCGAGCCUGUUUGGAGAAAAAAUUCUCAAAGUUAGUGAUCCAGAAGUGCGUGUCUUCUAUCAACGUAGCGCUAGCAACAAUGGCGAUAACAUGUUGCCUGAAAAUUCGGACGAAUCGUUGCCCUUCCUUCUUUUGCUCAAUUCUCAACAAGCUGUUUGUCGAGAUCACAGUAUACCUCCACACACUCCACCAACAAGAUCGGAACUCGCGCGAGCAGCCACAGUUCGAUUAGCCUUCAGGAUGACUGGACCCGAGGGUUUUCCGCUCUGCGAUUUCGUCUCAACUUUGGGCCAAAUCUGUACAAUUAGCCAUUCUCACGAUCGUACCUUAAAGUACAAUGAAAAUGAUGUGAAUAUGUUGGAUCUCUCUUCACCUCUUCGCUUUGGAGUCAAGUGGAUACUGGAUGUUCCUUCUCCAACUUCGCCCAACGCUAACCUCAUGAACUAUCCAAUCAACAAUCCGAUUGAAAACACUGGUGAAUCAGAGAUCACAUUUAGCAAUGAGUGCCAAAUAAGCCCAUGUAAUCCAAUAUUACUUCCGAAAUUUGAGUACAUUGUAACUAGAGAUAAGGACGGCCCUGUGGUGUUUGUCGGCGAUGACGAGUACCAAACAAUUGAAAUUCGAGCCACAGUGACCAAUAGGGGUUCAAGCCCUAGCUACGCCACCAGCAUCUAUACCUCCUAUCCGGAGUCCCUACUUGAUCUCAAUACUUUUUCUCGUGACAGCAAACAGCGAACUAUUUCCGUGAAACCUGGUUUAGCCUUAUGUCACUUUGGCAACCCUCUGCCACAGCGACAAGAGGCCACAUGUGUUCUUCGUUUCAAUGUCCUCGGACAGCAGCUCUUGAAGGCUUCCAAAAACUUCACAAUCAAUAGUACCAUAUCCUCGAGUCCAAAGUUCCCUCCGAAAGCUCUGGCACCACUCUCGGAUUCUAUUACUAUAAAGGUGAAAAUGAGUGUCAAUGUAUCAGUAACGGGGGAAAUUUUACCAGACGCUGCUUACUACUUCGGGAAUGUUACCGACGGUAUUUUGGCAAAUAAUGGUGAAAACAAAAUCGGCUCAACUCGUCUCUUAGUUAGAGUCCGCAUCCAAAACUUGCGGAAACACAGCCUGAUUCCCAACUCACGGCUGGUUAUCGAUUGGCCGCACGAAAUCGCGGAUCUAGUUGAUGAAGACAAUGGAAAGUACCUCUUCUACCUUCUUGAAAAGCCUUAUGUAACCAAAACGGACCUUCCUUCAACAUCGAACUCCACAAUCACAUGCGACUCGAGGGCAUUAGAUAAAUUGGUGAAUCCCUACAACUACCGGGUGUUCAAAUCUCUUAUGCCCCAGCCUCGAGGUGAACCAGUUGCGACGGCUCCCAUUGAUCUUCCGUUGAAUCAUCCAUCAGAAUAUCCUCCACUUAAAUCCCAGCUUGAAUUGGAGAAAAUGCCAUACCAAGGCGACGUCAAGCGUAUCAAAACUAACCUAACAUGCUACAAUGGUCAGCUACGAUGCGUACCGAUAGUGUGUGACCUUGGACCUCUUUCGUAUCGAGCUGGUGAUUUCAAGGACAUUUUUCUAACCUCUGUUCAAAUGACAGCAACUUGGAGAGCAAGUGUUUCAUAUACCAUUGAUGCGGGGGACAAGGAGUAUGCUUCGGAUGAUUUUGAGCUCAAAAUAUUUAACCACAUGGAACUCGAACCAGUUUAUCCAAAAAACAUGCCUCUGUACAUCGGUCUAGCUGUAUUUGCGGGGCUCCUACUUCUUGCUAUUCUAAUAAUCAUCUUGUGGAAGGUACGUUCUUAUUCUGAUGCCAAUAGCGCUAUUGGUGGCAUUAAGUCAAACCGCUCUAUUGCAUUGCAGGCCAAGUUCUUUGAGAGGAAAAAAUUUAAGAAGCGCUUUCAACGUGGGAAAAAUGGAGCGGAGAACCCAAAGCCCGCUAAUCCGGAGGAGAGACCCUUGAAGAUCACUAAUAUUCCACCACAAAGCCCAUCUUCCCUUCACAGUCCUCCGAUAUCAGCCUAUGGAGAUAUGCAUAGAUAG